AACUGGUACAGCCAGCAUUAUUUGCCGAGGUGGAGUUUUGUUGUCACAGAAAAGAGGUGGGGUUUGUCAGUCCAUCGGAUUUUGGACACACAAUGCAAACAUACAUCCACAGUUUAGACUCCAGUGCAUUCAAAAGCAAGGGAAGACUUACCUGACUGCUAACAAUUGUAAGUGACGUCAUAUCUAUCGUUAGUUAAGAAGCCCUCGACCUCCUGAAAGCACCAUCUGUGAAGGUGUGUUGGCUGCAGAGAAUAUGUCUGAUGCAGAGUCGUUGACCAUGACAGUUCCUUUCUCAAGGGGUUGUAAAGCCCGAUCAAGUCUACCGAUUGGACGGUCGAGCAGUCAGGCAAGAGAGUCAGUUGGUGUGCUGUAUCUGCAAUAUGGAGAUGAGACAAAACAGAUACGGAUGCCUGUAGAGAUCAACAGUGAGGAUACGCUGCGGGCUCUCUUUGUCACCGCUUUUCCUCAGCAACUCACCAUGAAGAAGCUUCAAUCUCCCAAUAUGGCCAUUUACAUCAAAGACACACGUCGCAAUGUUUACUUUGACCUGGAGGACAUCAGAAAUAUUACAUCCCACUCCUGUCUGAAGGUUUAUCAUAAAGAUCCAUCACAUGUUUUCAACCGCCACACUCGGCCUACCAGCACAGAAGGAAGGCUCUCCAAAGAAGCACUCUAUGGUAGCCACAGUCCAGUCCACAGACUGUCAUCGUCCAGUCGUGGUGCCCUACAGAGCUUGCAAGGCUCCAUGUCGCCGCCCAUGGUGCGUUCCAUGCCCUCUUCUCCAUCCAGGAUGGCCUACAGUGGAAGGAACACACAAGGCUUAGUGGGAGUGUUGGAUGCAGGCAGCACCACAUUGCCCCGAGACCGGCUAUCAAGCACAGGACGAUCCAGCAGUUUAUGCACCAGCAGCAGUGCCAUACUAGAGAGGAGAGAUGUCAAGCCCGAUGAAGAUGGUGGCAGCUGCAAGAACAUGGCCCUGAUGUUGCAUGGGGAGGGAGGCCCCCAUUACCCAGACUCCUACUGCUCAUCCCUACAAGAUGGAGGGAGGAGUAGUUUUGCCUCUUCCCAGUGUAGUGGUUCUUUGUCCCAUGCUGGAGAAAUGGUAGAUGCUGGAGUCGCUGGGAUUCCUGCGGGCUUACAGCAGUACCGUGCAUCCGUCAAGCCUCUGAUGGGAUAUGGUGACAUCACGGAGUACCAGAUGGACUCCCUGCACAGACAAAAAAGUAGGAAAUUUGGUGAGAGCCAACUUCCUCAAUUAGCAACCCCGCCUCCCUCGCCACACAGAUUAAAUGAAGUCAGAAUGAAUGAGGGACAGAUCAUUGGAGGCGUGGGCCUGGUCUCACCUGAGCGGAUGUCCCCAAUUCGUCGAUCCCUGCGGCGAGAAAAUAAUGGAGCUACAGUGGGGGUUAUAAACAGAAGCAGAGGGAGUGGUUCAUCAUCAUCCACUUCAUCUGUGUUUAUGGACAACCCACUGGGACAACCAGAAAUGCUGAUUCAGGGUCACAUGACUGCCUUUGAGGCUCAAAGUGAGAGAAUGAAGGCAAUGGAGGCGCAAAUAGCCAGUCUAGCAGGGCUGGUUCACCAUGCGUUGUCUGUGGGAGGAGAUCUUCCAAGUGAUAAAGGCCCGGUCAGUGGAAGCACUGGGAAAAGUCACCCUGCUCCACCUGAGCCACAGGCAACAAGUACUGUAGAUGACGUGAUCAGCUCUGCCUUCUUAGCUCUUCAGGCCCCAACCACUGAUAAUGAGGUGCAGCAGCACUUGCUGCAAGUUAAGAGUAGUGUGUCUGAACUACGACUGCAAUUAAAUCAACUCCGACACCUACAGAUAUCACAACAGCAAACCAUGAAGUCCAUGUUGCGCAUGGCUGGCCAGGAGCUGGUAGUGUUGUUGUGUGAUCGCCUGGUUCAGUCUGAGGAGAGAACAUGUGGACAAAGAGCUGAGAUGGAAGAGGAGAGGAUUCAAUAUCUUGCUACAGAAGAGAAAAUACUCAAACACCUUAGUGAACUAGAAGAUUACGUCAACCAUUUGCAAAAAAACACGGUAUCACUCCCUGGCCAGUUGCCAAUCACUCUGAAAGAUGUGGAAGAGGGGGCGAUGAACCUGCGCAGUGUGGGGGAGACUCUGGCCAUCCUUAAAGGGGAGUUUCCAGAACUGCAGGUCAAAAUGCGUUCCGUGCUUAGACUGGAGAUAGAUGCAGUUCGCUUUCUGAAGGAGGAGCCUCAUAAAAUGGACUGCAUGUUAAAAAGAGUCAAAGCCCUAACUGAAGCUCUCAGCUCUCUUCGCAGAUGUGUCUCGGAAUCAACUUCCCCAUCUAAAGGCACCCAAGUUGAGCCCCUGCCGACCCAGAGUCCUCAGUCCUCCCCUCAACCACAGCCUCGAUCUUCAGUCAGAAGCCCUCAACCCAUUCCAUCAUCUGCUUUAUCUCAGCCUGAGCUCAACAAUGCAGCCUCAGCCUCCCCGGCCACAGCACGCAGAGUUAAGACGACUCAAGUCACUGUAAUCCAGGCCCACCAGCACAGCCCACCACUGAACUUCACCCAUGGAAGAGAUCUACCAACUGUGGCCAAGGUACACGGUCUACAUUUUGAGGUAAGCCCUCGUAGCAGAGAGGGCAGCCCUGCCCUGCAGAAGAGACCUACUCCUCUCCAGUCGGAUGAACUUCACGGAUCAAGCAUGCCGCAAACAAGUCAGGAGAAUCACACAACAAACCAAGUCAAGACUUCUUUGAAAACCACUGCCAGACCUAUUGAGAAUACUGAACGAGAAUCUCCGGAAGGAAGUCUAAGUCAAGAAGCCAGCAGUGUAAGCCAGCCAAGCACCCAUAAAAAAAAACAGCCCUCAAUCGCCACCAAAAAUCUAAACCAGGUCCUGCAGGAAGCCAAGGCCAUUCUGAUGAAUUCCAUUCCUGAUCUGAAUGUAUCAGAUGCAAAAGUGGGUCACUCGGACUUGGCUUCUGGAGACAUAAAUCCCCAUACUGAGAUGGCUAAACCUCUGGACACACCGCAAGACUUGCUGUCUGGAACUCAGCAUCAAAAGCCAGCACGGCAAAAUGAUGAAGUGAAGCCCCCAGCUUCUCACGCAACAGUGGAACUGCCAUCAUCAGCUUCUCCAGCAGCUUCCCCAGGACCCAAACGGGGCACACGUCCACAAAUGGAAAAACCUAGACGCUCCAGUGUGGAAAAGAAACAGAGUCCUGAUAGGAGUGGCCAGUCUCCUCCAGUUGUCCCAAGAAGGUCUCAUGCAGCCACUGUCGGCCUAACCACUGAAAGAACUGGAGAGGUGAUCUCUACUACCAUGAAAGAAUCUGGUGGAGAACAGGGUGUUAGUGAGAAGGAACCAUCUGUUAUUCCUCAACCCAAACCUCUGAGACAACCACCGGAGGUCAAACCCAAACCCAAACCUUCAGGCACCACUCAAGCUAUUGCCUCAGAAAAUAUGGAUGAUAAGGAAGAUGACAAUAUUAGAGUCCUGAAAGAACUUCAGGUGACACUAGAAACAUCAAGCGAUGAUAAAUGGCUUGUUGAAAAUAGUCUGGUAGAAGGACAACAAAUGAUAUCCUCAAAAUCUGGCCAGAAGCACAUCCUUUCAAUUUGCACCACGUCAGCACCUCAUUUACAACCUACUAAUGGUUGUCUUGAUUCAAUGGCUGUACCACAAGAAGUCAAUGAAUCUAGAAAAGGUCCUAUGCCGCCUGACUGGAAAAUGAUGCUUAAAAAGGGAACAAUAACAAAUUUAAAUAGCGGGAAUUCUCCAAAUGUAACCUCACAAUAUAUUGAUAGACAGAAAAUGGAGGGAAUUACAAGCCCAGAUAAUGAACAAAAAGAAAACACUACAGAGUAUUCUAAACAACAAUUACUAAAUAGCACGCAAGAUACAAAAACACAAUCAGAUGAGGUCAAGUUGCAGCUAUCUGGAGACAAAGAACAAUUCCCAGAAGAAGAAGGAGGUAGUUUGAGUCCCGAUAUUGUUGAUGAUGGGGGACCUCCCCCUCCUCCUCCUCCAUCUGGCAAGAUUGCCCAGCAAAUCUCAAAAAUUAGAGUCAAGUGUAAAACUCAAGAUAUGGACAAGAUGAAGGGCUCAGACAGAAAAGAGAAAGCACUGUGUUAUGAGAACCAAGGUUUUGAGGAAAAUGAUUCCUGCGAUACCUUGAAUGAGCCUUUAGAUUUAGAGUCAGAUUUUAAGCGUCUAUCAACUAUCUUCGAGUUUGAGGAGGAUGUUGACCCAAUUGUUUCUCCAGAGGGCAUUGUGGAAGAGGAUGAAAUUGACGAUACUAAAAACAUGUCUGAAGAAAGUAAAGUCUUAGACGUCAAGGACAUUUUAGAUCAUGAUCAACAUUCUCAGCACAAUCAGCAUACAGAAAACUCAUUUGAUAAAAAUCAAGACAAAACUAAACCAGAAUUACUCCAAAAUGCAGAGACUAACCGCAAAUUCAACUUACCCAAAAUCAAAUUGUCAGGAUUUACCCAGGCUAUACGAUCAGGGUCUUCAAAAACGAGAAAGAAGAAUCUUGAAGCGGAAGUCCAUAAAGAGGACAUAGUGAUAUUUGAGCAAGACCCAAUAAAAGCACCCAAGAAGCUGAAUAAGGAAUCAAGCAGGUUUACAAACCACAGCACCAAACGACACCAAAAUAAAGGUGACAAAGGCGCUCUCAUUCAAAUUAGCUCACUUCCUGUUGACGUGAAACUAAUAUCCAACGGCAAGUCGAUAGCGGACGGAAAAGACUUGUGCAAGAAAGCAUGUCACCCAAUUGGCAAUUUAGAGGAGGCAAUCAAACUGUUGGAAAUCACCAUGGACAGCAUAAAAACUCCUCCUUCACCUCCUCCCAAGUCCAUUGACAGAGCUCAUCUGUCAGAUGAGGUCAAGCAACUGAGAGAAGGAACCCCGUCAAAGAGGCCAGCCUCUCAGAUCCUCAAGAACUCAAAUUCACCCCAAAGCAAAAGAGUUAAAGCACAGCCUCCGCCUAACUGUGUGAAAUCCUCCACUAAGAAACAGACUACCACGUCUUGUACUCAGCAAACUCACACCAGGUUACAUCACUCUUCUGGCUCACCUGAAAAGACAACCAAAGUGCAAAAAGAGGCUUCUCCCAAGCAACCGAGCCAGCAAAGCAUCCCUCGCUAGCGGUGACCCGGCGACCUCAAGACUCGCCCAAAGAGGUUCUCGCAGCGGCAGCAGCAAACAUCAGAAUCGUCGCCUCACGCUCACCACCGCCACGGCCGCCAUGUCUCAGCUCACUUCCUACUCUUCAUCAUCGUACUCCUCGUCAUCCCCAUCCUCCUCCACUUCCUCCUCCCUUUCGCCCACGUCCUCCUCAUCCUCUCCACUCUCUCCGUCUUCCUCCUUCCUCCAGCCAGUGGUAAUUCAUGGAGGGGGGAGCAGCCAAGCAUCUGUGUUCAACCCCAGUUCCCCCAAUUGUGGCAAGAAGUUCAGCCACACCCAACACACAGUGGCGGCUGCCACAAAAGAAACCGUGUGAUGGUUUACUUAUGACACAACAUCCUAACACAGUAUUGCACACAAAAUGAUCAUUGCAGCACUGAUAUUAUGCUUAUAUAUGAGGAUUUAUAUGUUGAAUAUAGAUGUAUAAUGCGGACUUGUAUUGUAGUUGUGAUGUUUGGCACCUUUCAGCAGGGAGUCACAUGCAUGAUUUGUUUGGCAGGUUUAACUAAAACAUAUAUAUAUAUACAAAUAUUCUAUGACACAUGAUGGCACUAUUUUACUCACUAGUUUAAUAAUUGUUUGAGGCAAAGUUAUUUUUUUAUGGUCAGAUAGUGGAAGGCAUGUUUUGCCUAUAGAUAUUUUCAGUUCCAUUUCAAAUGGUGACACAGUUUUACACCCGAAAUUUUACAUAUAAUUAAUACAUAGAAGUAACUGGUUGGUUGGACCAUUUUUGUUAAAUGUUUCAAAAUAUGCAUUAUGUUUAUUAAGUCCAUGAGCAAUUCGAUAGUAUUUGUAUUUUUGUUUGUAUUUUAUUAGGGUCUGCUUGCCUGUUAUGCACUAUUGCGAUCAAAUCUAGGCAUUACUGUUAAGCACAUGCUCAAUGCACUUAAAUUUCAUUUAACUGUUCUUUAUUUUUGAGUUUUCUUCUUUUUGAAUUACAAUUUAAAUGUGACAUGAUCAUUUUCCCACGACAACAAAACUUUCAUUUUUCCCUUUUCCAAACCUCUCAUCCAUCACUUGCUUGAAAGGAUUUGAACCUUUGGAAUGGACCAAGAAUGAAACUGCCUUUUAUAUGAUAAGCCAGGCCGUGAUGCAAAAAUAUUAGUAUAUGAUUAUUAAGUAUAAUGUGAGCAGAGUGAGUGUAUGUGUGGUUUUUUUUACAGUCUAAUUUUAAUUGUGUGACACUGUCAAGUUGUACUGUAUAAAAAUAAACUGUAAUUUACAAAUUCUGAUUGGGAUGAUGAAUAUACAAUGUAUUGGGCACCGCUCUAUAUCAAAAAGAGUAUGUCCAAUUCCAAAUACUCUUGUUGAUCUAUGUAAAGUUCAGGUCGUUGUUGUUGGUUUUUUUUUUUAGAUACUACUACCACAUAAAAAAUGUAAUAUAGCUAUUGUGUUCCCUCAGUUGUUUCUUGUAUAGUAUCUCGAUCAUGUGACUUCAAUGGUAAUGUGUAACCUACCAAGCCUAAAGUAAAAAAAAAAAAAAAAAACUUUGCUGUAAAAAAUACUGACUUUAAUCCCAGAAAUGCUAACUUUAAAGUCCUCUUCAGUACAAUCAAUAACAACUUCUACAUGUUCCUGGUUUGUAUUACCAAUUUUCAGUUUAUUCUCAUAAAGUCUAAUACAUUCUCACAUAUUUACUAUGUUAAUAUCCUUUUUUUUUUUAAUUCCCCAAAUUUUGAAACCCUAUUUGAUAAUAAACACAGAAGAAAUUUGCAAUAUGAAGCGUGAACGCUUAAUAUUGAUUUGAUGCUGCACUUAUGAUUGUCUUAAUGAGUGAUAGUCAUUUACUAGUGGUUCAAAAGGAAAGGCAACCUGAGGUAGCAAAAAAGAAAAAAAAAGUCUUUAUUGUUACUGCUAAAAAUCUAAAUGUAGAUUUUUUUCAUAUUUGCUAAUCAAUUACAAUGCACUUGGUGAUAUUUCUGUCAGUAUCAUGUCAAAUUUCAAUUAUGUAUUGUUGCAAGCACAAUUAAUAUGCAACUGUGAAAAAUAAAUAAAAACAAAAAAACUAUGCAGAGA